UUCACUAGAAGAGGUGGAAUCGCCAAAUAUGAGCCCUCCAUUCCAGAUUCUGACAUAUCAUUUGUAAGCAGUGGAAGGCCAAGCAUUGAUCACACAUUUCCUGCUAUCUACGAUGCUUUUGAAACUGGAAUGACACCUCGGCUUUCAAACGCUUUCGAAACUGGAAUGACACCUCGGCUUUCAAAUGGCUCGGAUUAUGACUAUAGAUCCUUUGGGUCAUUGUACUCAGGAAACAAAUCAAUAGAUUCAAGUUCACAGUAUAAUUUCUCAUCAACCUCACAAGAAAGUAGCAACACAUCAUGGUCGUCUUCACAGAACAUGGACGACAUGGAAUCUGAGAUGCGGAGGCUCAGACUAGAGCUCAAGCAAACAAUGGACAUGUAUAGCUCAGCCUGCAGAGAAGCACUCACAGCAAAACAGAAGGCCAGGGAACUUCAUCAUUGGAAAUUGGAAGAACAACAGAGAUCAGAAGGAGCGCGAUUGGCAGAGGAAGCUGCCUUGCAACUUGUAGCAAAGGAGAGAGCUAAGUGUAAAGCAGCCAUUGAGGCAGCUGAAUCAUCUCAAAGGAUUGCCGAAUUGGAAUUACAAAAAAGACUAAAUGCAGAAAUGAUAGCUCAAAAGGAAUUCCAGGAGAAGAAUAAGGCACUAGCAUCCAUUGCAAACAGUGAUCUUCGAUAUCGAAAAUACACGAUUGAGGAGAUUGAAGCAGCAACAGAUGAGUUUUCAAACUCGCUCAAGAUUGGAGAAGGAGGUUAUGGGCCUGUUUACAGGUCCUAUCUGGAUCAUACACCAGUGGCCAUUAAAGUUUUACGUCCUGAUGCAGCUCAUGGAAGGUCACAGUUUCAGCAAGAGGUUGAAGUAUUAUCCUGCAUAAGGCAUCCAAACAUGGUUCUCCUCCUGGGAGCCUGCCCAGAGUAUGGCUGCUUAGUCUAUGAGUACAUGGCCAACGGAAGCUUGGAAGACUGCCUGUUCCACCGAGGAAACAGUCCACCUCUUUCUUGGCAAUUAAGAUUCCGGAUUGCUGCAGAAAUCGGCACUGGCCUUCUUUUCCUCCAUCAAACCAAGCCAGAACCACUUGUGCACCGCGACCUCAAACCUGGCAACAUUUUGCUUGACCGCAACUAUGUCAGUAAGAUUAGUGAUGUUGGCUUGGCCAGGCUUGUCCCUCCAUCAAUAGCCAACACUGUUACUCAAUAUCGCAUGACAUCAACAGCUGGAACAUUCUGUUACAUUGACCCAGAAUAUCAGCAGACAGGAAUGCUAGGGAUAAAAUCCGAUAUUUACUCACUUGGUAUCCUGCUUCUACAAAUAAUAACAGCCAAGCCACCUAUGGGUUUAACUCAUCAUGUUGAGAGGGCCAUUGAGAAAGGAACUUUUGCAGAGAUGCUUGACCCAGCCGUUCUAGACUGGCCCAUUGAGGAAGCCAUGAACUUUGCCAAGUUAUCUCUUUGUUGUGCAGAACUGAGGCGGAAAGAUAGACCAGAUCUCGGAGCGGUCAUACUACCUGAGCUUAAGAGAUUGAGAGAACUUGCUGAGGAAAACAUGCCUAGCGUCAUGCCUGGGGGCAGCACAGGAAGCUCCCCUUAUCACAGCCAAUUUUCCUCAGUUCAAGAUGUGAUCACAGCGAGCUACAAUCUGGAUAUGAUAGCUCAAGAAGCCACCCAAGCACACCAUCUAGAGGAAGAAGAUGAAGGACGAUUGAAAAACACUUUGUUGUAGCGAAGAUAGAUGUAUUUGGCAUUCAACAUUACCUGAAGCUUGUUUUAAAUUCUUUUGUAGCUCUUGGAAAACCAAACUCGUUUUAAUGCUGGCAUGGUUUCUAGUUAAGAGAGUAUUCAA